CUUUUUUUUUCUUACAUGGUGGCGUAAAGCAUGUGCAGCUGUGAGCAAUAAGAAAGAAAAGUAUUGCAAAGGAAUUAUCAACUCUACCAGUAAAAAGCCAACUGUUAAUUACACAAAUCGGAUUUUAUUUAUUCGUAAACAACGAAUAUGUGUUAUAUGCUCUAACAGAACAAGCUCUUUGGUGUCGAGACCCUGGUGGUUCACUGUGUUGGCACUGACAGGUUGUCAUUUAGGGGUGUAAAGUUCUUCGAGCGCAACCUUCCGUAUUUUAGAGACUGUGUGUUGUGUGGUUGAAAGUAGACUUUUGCUGAAGAUUAUUUCUACUAUUAUUUCUUCCACGCCUUGGGGUGGCAGUUGGAGUUGUUUGGUCGUAUUGACACGAAGGGACAACUAACAACACAGUCGCCUGCUGACCUGUGCGAUUCGGAUUAUUAUUUACGUAUUAGUAAAUGCAGUUGGUGGCGGCUCAUGGCACUGAACUGAACCGGAUUGAUACAUUUCAAGAGGGCGGAGAGAAUGCUAUCCUGGCACUGUCUUCCACGACUAGCUAGUGUUUUUUUAUGUUUUAACUAACGCAUAAAACCACGCAAUUUUUGGGGAAAGUACUGUCAAACGAGUCGGUUAAAAGUGGUAGAACAACACAACGCAGAGCUGAAGUGAAGAGGGGGACCAGGUUGACGAGAGGGCUCCGCGUGUGUGAGCUGCGUUUUGGAUUGUGUUGUUUUGCGAGUUCGGAGCUGCGGCUGGUUGUUUAUUCCUGAAAUAAGCAAGGCUCGUAUUAAUCCAUCCAUACAAACUCCAGUCUCCUAGCGCUGCUCAGAAUGUUGGUUGACGUCACAGUGUGACAGACUGUUGGUGCCCUGGCGCGUAACAACCCGUGUGCAUUUAUAAGUAAAUAAUCCAUUUAGCUCAUGUAUUGUAGUGGAAGCUGAAAGGAGAUAGGCCACGUCAGUUUCACGAACAGCAAACCACAUGCUUUUGGACUUUUUUACUUUGCUGAUUCACUAGGGGCAGCAGCUAGCUAGUCAGCUGUGCUGGUUGCCGUGUUUGUUUUUUAAAUGAGAAUAAGACGUUGUCGGGGACUGUCAGCAGCUUUUGAUUUCUUUUGAAAAAUAAAUUAAAUAAAAACUUUUGAACUAAAUAAGUCUUGACAUUCCUGAAGGCUUAAUGCUACUGCAAUCCUGCUGUGUUUACAGCCUGAGCUAACUCCGAUUUAUUUUAAUAUAGCCAGGGAAUCACAAACACAAAGGCUAUAGAAACAUACUUGUACACAGAAAUAUUUUGAAUCUACAUUUUUAAAACGACGAUUUACGGGAUGUCCACAGAAGUUGAGUCUUCUGUUUUGCAAUCCUCCGAUCAUGUUGAUGAGAUGACUGCUGACUCUUUCGACGGCGAUAGCAACAACAACAAACCUGAGAUAGAUCAACUGCAGAUUGGGGACAAAGUUAGACAAAGCCUGCAACAGACACAUGGAGACAUACAGACUAAGAAAAGUGACGCUGGGAACCAGGAACGAGAGGUUGUGGAAACCCAGAUAGAUAUCAUAAAUAAAGAACAGGUAAACAAUAACAAGGCGAAUGACCAAAAUGCUCCUGGCAACAGCAAUCAAGAUACGGUGGAGAAACCUAAGAAAACAAUUACUGAAGCUCCCCUACCUAAAGUAAACCCUUGGACUAAGAAGAAAAAUAUAUCUCCAUCUAAUAACACUAUCCACGUAAAUGCCCAGGAAUCAGAGCGUCAGAGUUCAACCAAAGUUAUACGGGCAGGAAAGCCUAAAACAAGGAAACCUAACAAGGCAAGUGACUUCAGCGAUAUCACAAACUGGCCCACACCGGGUGAAAUAGCAAAGAAAGAGCAGCACCAGAACAUCAUCAAUACCCAAACCAAAAAGACUUCUCCCAACCAGAAUGAGAAGAAGAAGGAAAACAACAGUGAGAGCAAAGAGAACCGUGAGGCCAGGAAGGAGUACAGAGAGGACCCGGCCAGCGAUGAGGACUCACAGUCGGCUGCCAUGAAGAGGAAAGGUAACAAACAUAAAUGGGUGCCACUACACCUAGAAGACUCAAGUCAGGACGACCUGGAGAGACCCAGCUCCCGAAACAGCUCUCGCUCUCGCUCCGAAUCCAGCAGGUCGCUGCACAAUAACAGAAGAUAUGAUUAUUCAAGGAGCUGGCGCAGGGAUCGCAGAGAUGACCUGGAUGAGGUGUCUAGUGUGCGAGGUGAAGGAGCCAAUGUGAGGGGAGGCUACCGGGGGAGGGGCAGGGGGCGUGGCAGAGGGAGAGGACGCGGCAGGGGCAACCCUCACAUGCAUUAUGAUCACUCAUACGGGUACCUGGACCCCUACGCAAAAGGCCCCGACACCCAGUACCAGACAGAGUACAGCACCAGCAUGAUGUAUUACUACAAUGAUGGCACUGGAGUGCAGAUGUACACAGUGGAGGAAACCCUACUGAAAGAAUAUAUCAAAAGGCAAAUUGAGUACUACUUCAGCCCAGAAAACCUUGAAAGGGACUUUUUCUUGAGAAGAAAGAUGGAUGAUGAUGGAUUCCUGCCGAUUUCCUUGGUAGCCAGCUUCCACAGGGUGCAGGCUCUCACGACAGAUGUCAGUCUCAUCUACAAGGCUUUGAAAGACAGCACUGAGGUGGAGAUUAUAGACCAGAAGAUCCGAAGGAAAAUUAAUCCUGAGCUCUGGCCUAUACCAGGCCCUGCCCUCCUGGACGCCCCCCGAACUGACUUCUCCCAGCUAAUCAACUGCCCGGAGUUUAUACCAGGACAGGCCUUCACUACGCAAGCCACAGAGUCUGCACCCAGCUCUCCAAGAGAGAUCACAGCCAGUCCAAAGAAGAAUCUGAAACCCAGUAACCUGCAGACCAUGUCUAAAGGGCUGUCCACAAGUCUACCCGACCUGGAGUCUGAGCCCUGGAUAGAAGUGAAGAAACGGCACCGCCCUUCUCCAGCCAAACCAAAGGAAAGCGCAGAGCCCCAGCCUGACCCGAGCCCCAAACUGAAGCAGACACCCCCACAGCAGGCAGAGCAGGAGGAGCUAGACUUUAUGUUUGACGAGGAGAUGGAGCAGAUCGCUUGCCGCAAAAACACCUUCACCAACUGGUCCGACGAAAACGACUCGGACAACGAGAUCGACGACCACGAUGUCAACAAGAUACUGAUCGUCACGCAGACCCCGGCCCAUCUGCGCAAACACCCUGGGGGGGACCGCACUGGCAACCACGUCCCGCGGGCCAAAAUCACCUGCAACCUGGCCAAGGCCAUCAGCGACGGCUUGUAUUACUAUGAGCAGGACCUGUGGGCGGGUGAAAUCGACACUGAAUUUGCCACUAUAAAACAGAAGGUGGAAAACUUCAAGCAGCUGAAUCUGAUCAGCAAAGAGCAGUUUAACAGUCUGGCUUCUGAAUCUCCAGUCGAUCCUGCCCAGGACGUCCUGCCUGGCUCUCCCAACCGACAGCAAGGUUUCACAGAAGAGCUUGCCAACAAGCUGUUUGGAGCUCCGGAGCCACCAGUGUCCAACAUCUCCCGGUCAUUGCCAACAACUGUACCAGAGUCUCCCAUAGCGUACCCGCCCAGAACCCCCAAAACGCCCCGCAUGCCCCAACUGCUGGACCCCAGCAAAACACAGAGGUUCUACCCCGUCGUGAAAGAGGGGUGCAACAUCGAUGGAAAGACCCCCAGAAAGAGGAAGACUCGGCACAGCUCGAAUCCACCCCUGGAGUGCCACGUGGGCUGGGUCAUGGACUCCAAAGAGCACAGGCCACGCACGUCCUCUGUCAGCAGUUCCAGUACCUCACCGUCGGACAGCACUCCGCUGGUUGGCAGUUAUGGCUACACGCCCCACUCUCUGCCCAAGUUCCAACAUCCUUCACAUGAGCUUCUCAGAGAGAAUGGCUUCACACAACAAGUCUACCACAAAUACCGCAGAAAGUGCCUAAAUGAGAGGAAACGGCUGGGAAUUGGACAGUCUCAAGAAAUGAAUACCUUGUUCAGGUUUUGGUCUUUCUUCCUCCGAGACAAUUUUAACAGGAAAAUGUAUGAGGAAUUUAAACAGUUGUCUUUGGAAGAUGCAAAGGAAAACAACAGGUAUGGUUUGGAGUGUCUCUUCCGCUUCUACAGCUAUGGUUUGGAAAAGAGAUUCAGACCAGAUAUCUUUAAGGAUUUCCAGGAAGAAACGCUUAGAGACUAUGAAACUGGACAACUGUAUGGACUAGAGAAAUUCUGGGCGUUUCUAAAGUACUCUCAAGCCAAAAACCAGCCAAUUGACUCCAGGCUGCAGGAGCACCUGAGCAAGUUCAAGAGACUGGAGGACUUCAGAGUGGAUCCUCCAAUGGGAGAGGAGGCAAGUAAAAGGAGAUGUCACUCCUCCUCUUCUGCAGCAGAGGAAGGGGAGUGCUGGAGACUCCUGUCCAACACCUCAUCCAGGUCAGCGGCUGCCUCACAGAACACAGAGCCCAACGAGAACACUUCCGCUGGGAAGCCCACUGAUAACACUGCCAAGGACACUGACACUGCUGAGAAAUAAAGACUUCACCGCUUUAGCGCUGCCUGGUUAUACAAUUUAAAGCUCAGAGAUCUUGUGAGGAUGCUAAAACAAACAAAACUAUUGUGCAUCGUCCAUGAACCUCAUCUAGUUUUGAUUCAUAGGAAAUUAGAAAUGAAUGGUCAAGGGUCUUCGUGAUCUUAUUGAGCUAAAAGUUUACAAAAAAAAAAAAAAACUGCAUUCCUGCUGUAUGCAAAUGAGAAAACAAUUUGGGAUGCCUUACAUUUCAAUGAGGAAUUUUUACUUCUUAAAGAAGAUAAUGUAUUUGUAGUCCUGUUACCAUAUUAGAGCUUUUGCAUUCAAUUUGCUCCUUUCAUGAUAUAAAAAACUGACGAUUCAAUAAAAAUGUAGGCAUUCAGAGGCGGAGGGAGCAGGGGGAUGAAGGGCGAAUUGAUUUCUCUAAAUUUUAUUGCAUAGUUCACAGUAUAAUCUGAAUUUUUCACAUGGUGUUAAGAUGGUUUUGUCAUGUGCUGGGUAUGACGUGUACUAAUUUUGACACUGGUUACCUUUGACAACUUGAGAGUUUCUGUUAUUGAAGGUUCAGUCAAGUGAUUAUUUGAGCUUGAAGAAUUAAUGUCAAAAUGACGAGGAAUGUACUUCAAUAAUAACUAACCUGUUUUCUAAUUCAGUCUUGCACUGCUACUUAAUAUAUAUAUAUAU